CAGAUCCCCUCGUGUAAAGCCAUCUUUUACUUUUCUGCGGAUGGUACUAUUGUGAACGCUGUCACUGUCAACCAUCGUUUAAAUUAGGAAACAAGUUUGACAUAUCCAACCGUUACUAUUUUAAUUUUUUUGUCUCUGCACUGGAAGUUGUUAAAGUUCUAGUAGUAGUAAGUAGCUAAAAAAGUUAUAUGUGCGAUGUUUAAUGUGGCCUAGUGCAAUUCGUUUAAGAAAUUUAUUAUAUGCACUAAGACAAUGGGAAGCAACACCAGCAAAGUAACAAAUGAAGCAGCUGUUCAGGUCCAAAAAAAUGACACUAAUAUCAAUUCAGAUCCAAGGUCCCCUACACCAGAGAUUUCGCGGACACCUGUACAGGGUAAAGGCGGAUCAAAGCACAAUAUAACUAAAAAUGUUGACUUACGGAAGACCUUUGAAAACGGCCAGGGCGAAGACAAGCUUAUUCACAACAAUCCCAUUCUAUCUGCUGUUAUAAAAAAUCACCUACAGUCUUAUGAUCCUCGCUCACCCACUCAGGACUUUGAGAGAACACCUAUUGUUUUAGGAUUGAACACUGAAGAACUGAAAGACAAAAAUUUACUAAGAGCUGAAGCUAUAGACAGUUGUGGCAGUCCUAGUUUGCACAAUAAUAGCUCAGCUGAUGAAAGUUUUAUCCCAAAAUCUAUUCCUGACAUUGUUCCUAAAAACCUGUGUGAUGGUUUCCUAAAUCUGACUUUUAAUGAUACUAUUAAGGAUGUGGAAGAGCCGUUGGGCUCAUCCACAGCUUCAAGUGACAGCAUUGAAAAUGCUACUAAGGACUGCAUUGGCAAACCAAAAAAAUUACUAGAGACAAACUUUGACUUUGAUGAAAAAAUAGAAGAAAGUAUUGAAGAAGAAUAUGAAGAGGACAGUGAAGAAUCAAAGAGCAACAAUAAUAAUAGUGAUGAUGAACAGAAAUUAAUGAAUUAUGCUAAAUUUAAAGUUUUACCUCAAGACCCAAGAUCCCCCACUAAUGGAAUAGAAAGAACUCCUAUUGUGAUUUCAAAAGCAGAAGAUAAGACUGAUGACAAUGUUGAAGAUAUGUCUGAUGACACACUUAUUAAGGUUCUGCAGAAUACCAAUGCAGAGCUAAUUAAUUGCAUUACAAAAGGAUCUGGGAAGAACUCAGAUGGAAUUCUCAUCUAUGAAGAUGAAGAAGGACCCCAUGAAACUCCCAAGAAAUCUCGAUCAGCGGGCUCAGGUGGCUCCAGGACUCCUUUGUCAUGUAUGAAAAAUAAGGGGGAAAAUGCCCAUGGUCGCUCUAAAUCUGCCAAUACAUUGUAUGACAAUAAAUGCCCAAUCACUGGCAAAAAAGUUUCACAUAUCCCAAGACUGAAAUCAUUAUCAAAAUCUAAAUUUGUACCGGCAGCUAGUAGCACGUCCCUGAGAAGCAUCUCAAAAGCUGUGGGAGUUAUCGGAGAUUGUGAAAACACUCCUCCACAUUCCCAUCGCGAUAAAUGGGAUAAAGAUACUAGCAUUGUACUUUAAAUUUAAUGUUCUCAUACUCUAAUAUAGUUUCAUUUUUACUUUGUAUCUAAUAAUUUAAAGAUAUGUAAUUUAUGUAUAAUUUCUGAAGCUUUUAUAAAUCAAAUAUUUUGCAAUUAUGGGGCACAAAUACUUGGUUUCACUUUCUUGACUUUGGUUUAUUGACUACGCAUAAUUUUGUCAUUUUAUAAAUUAAAUAUUAAUUGAUACAUUUAGUAUGUUAAUGCCAAUUUUCUUUAAUAAAACACCCUUACUACAA